UAACAUCGUACUUUUCAUGACCAUCAUUCUUCUUCCCCGAGCCCGCCUAGCUUCUCCGUCUCUCCUCCAUGAAAAAGCUCACAAACGGUUUUAUCAGUUAAAGCUUUUUUAAACAAUGCACUUCUUCUUCGUGCCGAAUUCUUCGUCUUCAUCUCCUUCUCCGGCCAAUACUUCUUCAUUCUCGCUAUCGUUUCUCACUCCUCAAAUUCCUGAGAAUCUCUGUAAGUCACCGACGAAAAUCCACAUCGGAACUCAUGGAAUCUCCGGUCAAUCGUUUCUCAGUCAUCCUACUUUCUCAUCUAAGAACACGUAUCUGUAUGCAGUCGUCGACAGGUCUUCUUCAGGUGUAUUUUCGCCGCAAAAGGAAUCUGCCAAUGGCGAGGGAGAGGAAUCUAACACGGAGGAGGGAGUAUUAGUAGUUCGACGGCCGUUGUUGGAGAAUUCCGAUAAGGAAUCUAGUGAGGAAGAGGGAAAAAAGUAUCCAGCGAGGAUCGAUGCUGGUCUGAGUAAUAUAGCUAAGAAGAUGCCGAUAUUUGAGCCGGAGAGAUCGGAAUCGUCGUCGUCAUCUUCAGCCGCUGCUGCUGCAAGAGCUCAAGAGAGACCGCUUGCGGUGAAUUUGGACUUGUCUCUGUACAAAGCAAAGGUUUUGGCGAGAAAUUUCAGAUACAAAGACGCCGAGAAGAUUCUAGAGAAGUGCAUAGCUUACUGGCCGGAGGAUGGGAGACCGUACGUGGCAUUGGGGAAGAUACUAAGCAAACAAUCCAAGUUAGCUGAAGCUCGAAUCCUGUAUGAAAAAGGGUGUCAAUCUACACAAGGAGAGAAUUCAUACAUUUGGCAGUGUUGGGCUGUCCUGGAAAACAGGUUGGGAAAUGUAAGAAGAGCCAGGGAGUUGUUUGAUGCAGCCACGGUGGCUGACAAGAAGCAUGUAGCAGCCUGGCAUGGAUGGGCAAACCUGGAGAUAAAACAAGGAAAUAUAAGUAAAGCAAGGAAUCUUCUAGCCAAAGGCCUCAAGUUUUGUGGCAGAAACGAGUAUAUCUACCAAACACUUGCCUUGUUGGAGGCCAAAGCUGGCCGGUAUGAACAGGCAAGGUACCUGUUCAAGCAGGCGACUAUAUGCAAUUCAAGGAGUUGUGCCAGUUGGUUGGCAUGGGCACAGUUGGAAAUACAGCAGGAAAGAUACCCAGCUGCUAGAAAGCUUUUUGAGAAAGCUGUCCAGGCAAGCCCCAAGAAUAGAUUUGCGUGGCACGUAUGGGGGGUGUUUGAAGCUGGAGUAGGUAAUGUUGAGCGUGGAAGAAAGCUCCUGAAGAUAGGUCAUGCGCUAAAUCCUAGAGACCCUGUUCUCCUUCAGUCCCUUGGCUUACUGGAGUACAAACAUUCAUCUGCUAAUCUUGCCCGGGCUUUACUAAGGAGAGCAUCAGAGCUCGAUCCUAGACAUCAACCUGUUUGGAUUGUAAGUAUACAAGAUUCAGUUUGGUUGCUCUUUACAUGAUUGAUCUGCUCAAAUAGGUUUUGUUUAUACGUUUUCCUUAAAGUUUGAGCUUUAGAUUUUGCUAAUAGUUCUUUACGCCCGUUUUAUUGGUUUAUCUUGUAAAUUAACACUUAGCAGACUUUAGUUUUACCCAGUUCUAUCUGGCUAGCGAAUUCAAGAGUCUUUACAAUCGUGUAUGAAAGGGGAAAUGAUUGGUGAAAGUGUAUUCCGGUUUAGGCUUGGGGUUGGAUGGAAUGGAAAGAAGGAAACACAACAACAGCUAGAGAACUUUACCAAAGAGCUCUCUCCAUUGAUGCAAAUACCGAAAGUGCUUCUCGCUGUCUACAGGCGUGGGGAGUUCUCGAGCAGAGAGCAGGAAACUUAUCAGCAGCAAGAAGAUUAUUCAGAUCUUCAUUGAACAUUAACUCACAAAGCUACGUUACAUGGAUGACAUGGGCACAACUUGAGGAAGAUCAAGGAGACACCGAACGUGCUGAAGAAAUCCGUAACCUCUAUUUUCAACAACGCACAGAGGUUGUUGAUGAUGCUUCGUGGGUCACAGGAUUCUUGGAUAUUAUUGACCCGGCUUUAGACACCGUUAAAAGGCUCUUGAACUUUGGUCAGAACAAUGACAACAACAGAUUAACUACUACUCUUAGAAACAUGAAUAGAACCAAAGAUAGCCAAUCCAAUCAGCAACCCGAGAGCUCUGCGGGACGCGAGGACAUUGAAACUGGGAGCGGGUUUAACCUCGAUGUAUUUUUACGCUCGAAGCUGUCGUUGGAUCCUUUGAAGCUGGACGUUAAUCUUGAUUCUAAGAGGUUAGAGAGAUUCACUAGAGGAAGAAUAAAUGGUGCUUGAAAAAAUAAGAGGGAUAUUUAUUGAGGCGGUGUAAAGAUGAAGGGUCGAUGUAUAAUUUAAAGAAUUAGCAAUUGUUAUAAUUUUAGAAAGGUUUUGGGAGAUUCUCAUUCUCACUAUAAAAGAUUUGGAAAGCGAGUCCCAUAACCUCACCGGCGGUGAUAAAAUUUUCUCACCAGAGUCGUUGUCUCGCCGAGCAGAACGUUCAACUAUGUCUUCUGCUUCUCCAUGGGAUAUCGCUGCAUCUUCUCCUGUUCCAAUUCGGGCUUCUAGAUUUUAAAGGUGAGGCUAAAUUUGUACACAAUAUGAAGAAAGGAGAAGCUGUGAGGGAGCAACGACAGUAUCUCCCUAUAUUUUCUGUUAAAGAUGAACUAUUGCAGGUAAUAAGAGAAAACCAGGUGAUAGUGGUGGUUGUCGAAACUGGUUCGGAAAACAGAGCCAACACUAUUUUAACUCUGUUAUCCUUUGAAGUAUGGACCAGUUACAUCUUCAAAACGAAUCGCAUAAGAAGUUUGGCGUAAGAUAUCUCAGGCCUAAGAAGUUUGGACUGUGACUUUGAAACCCCAAAUGGGUGAUGUAGAAACAGAGCCAACACUAUUUUACUCUGUUAUCCUUUGAUUUUUGUUUCAAAAUUUACAUUUAUACGGGAGAAUGAAAACAAUUGAUCACAAGAUAAAUAUAGUGGGGAAUGUGUAAAGACCUGAAAGUUAGGGCC